ACGUCACACUUUUGCUCUUGACCAUGUCGUCGACCGUCCUCAGGCAGGCGUCCUGCGCCGCUCGUGCAUUCUCGCGCUCAUGCGCAUUCUCGACCUCUGCGGUUGCACGGAAGGACGUCGUGCAGGAUCUCUAUCUCAAGGAGCUGAGGGCAUAUAAGACACCUCCGCUUCCGAAGGACGCACACGUCGGUGUGGUCAAGGCCUGGUCGGCACCCCCCGUGCCUCAACCCCCUACUCUCCCUGUCGACCUCUCGGCUGAAUUGUCGGCAUACGAUGCUGCGGAACCCGUAGCUGCUGGCGAGGUUAAGGUCACCGUCCUCGAGCCCGAGGAGACGGUGACUGGCGCGGAGACUUUCCUUUCGUUCCUCGAGGCGGAUGAACCCAAGAAGGAGGCGCAUCAUUAGGCCAAGGUGUAACACUUCCUACGUGAAAAUAGAGCGCUUUGACGUGCUGGACUCCCAUUAGCUCGUCCAUUGUCAGACUUAGAUACUCACUGCUGCCUUCCUUCGGUCUUGGCGGUCCCCGGUCACUUUCGAAUGUCGGCGCCACUUUCCGCUGGUUGAUGAUGGUCCUGUCACUGACAAAUGUCAAUCGUGGACUGGGAUUUCUACCUUCAACAGAUGAAGGUGAAGGAAGGACACCGUCCUGUGAAAGCACUCGCUGUCCCCUCUGACUCUUGCAGAAGGCCGUUCCAUCUCCUCUUAACUGUGCACUCUAGACUUGCAUGUGCCCGGCCAAUUGAAGCUUAAUUCCCUUGACAUUCACAUUGGAGAUUGUCAUGGAAGUCAGUAGAGCAAAUCAUGAGUACUACCCACGCAUCGUUCAAUAUGAUGGC